GAUGUUCCUGAACAACUCACACAAAGUGAACAGUGGACCUCUCUCUCUUGAACGCAACCUCUCCCAUCUCAAAGCCCCGGGGAGGAGUAGUUCUCAGAUUCUUGACCAGCAAAUUCAUGCCAAAAUCCUCUCGGUCGGAGCUACAUGAUUUCAUCAAUGUUUGGCGAACGAAGAUCGAUCCUGCCUUUAGAAGCACCACAGAUACGCAUGAGCUGGUUUUUGCGUCAUUGACAUCCGAUUCUGCGAAAGAAAAGGUUCUGUCUUUGCGAGAUGAGCUGGCAAUAUCUUGCAUGGAGGAGAUCCUGAGGAUUCUCGAAGGCCUGGGUCCCGAAAGUUCCCAAUUACGCUUAGGGCAUGAUUAUCGCUUUCAAUUGCGCCGUCUUCUCGUGCAGCUCUCAAAAGUGUCCGGUCGAAUACCGGACUCAAUUUUCGCCAAAGGUGUGGAACGUUCAGAGGGCUUGUUCUUAUUUCCAACGGCCGGAGGUGGAUAUGCAGAUAUAUUUCACAUGACCUUUCAAGGAAUACCUGUUGCGUUGAAGAGACUACGGAUUUUCAGCAGUUCCACCAGUCAGGAAGAUCUUCACCGGGACAUAUGUCGCGAAGCGUUGGUUUGGCAGCAAUUGAGGCAUCCUUUCAUCCUUCCACUCUUGGGCAUGGAUCGAGAAACAUUCAAGCCAUAUUACUGUCUUGUCUCUCCAUGGAUGCAUCUAGGGAGUCUAAUACAGCACAUCCAAGAUGAGCUGAGAAGCUCCCGUGCGCAGCCUUUGCCAUUGGAACGAUGGCUGACGGAGAUUGCGGAGGGUAUGCAAUACCUCCAUAGCGAAGGUAUUGUACAUGGGGACUUGCGCGGUGCAAAUAUCCUCGUAGGAAACGACACACGAAUUCGCCUAACUGACUUCGGAUUGGCACAAUUUGCGGGGUCCACUUCUGCCAGCAUGGACAGUCGAGUCGGAGGAUCGGUGAGAUGGGUAGCACCCGAAAUCCUCAAGCUUGAGAAUGCGAAACCAUCCUUCCAAAGUGACAUAUACGCGUUUGGUUGCCUGUUUAUCGAGAUAUAUACUCGCCGUCACCCGUUCCAUGACAUUCAACUAGACUUCCAAGUUAUUGCGAAAAAGUUGAUGGGGGCACGACCUAUGUGGCCGUCUGAGAGCGCGUCAAACAGACUUCACCUCGUACUUUCCGACUGGGAAUUCAUCAAAUCAUGCUGGAAUGAUGAACCAAAUCGCAGACCCGAUGGAAACGCCCUCGCAUCAGCAUGUUUAUCGCGUUACAAAGGUCUGAAACUCAUACCACUUUCUCUCAUGGAUUUGCCGCAAUACUCGGCGCUUUAUACAACGCAAAGUCUCGCCGAACAGUCUCUUGAUGGCGCAACAUUUGACCUGUUGGAGGUGAAUCAAUAUAUGCAAGAAGCCACAUCGACAGCCGCAGAACAAUCCCCUGGUGCUACAGACUCUGGAAGAUCCGGUCCCUUUUCUGUGAUUUCUGGAUUUUCUAGUCCUUUCUCUAGCAUGGUCGACUUCUCCUCAGCCGGGAGUGUUGUUAUGAUAUGAUAGGUUUCGAGUCACGAGCCACUUUCGCAACGGUGAGGUAUGUACCCUCGACGUCAGUCCCACCGAUGCAUAGUACUCCGGCACCGUGCGACGUACGUUGCGUGACGCAUCAAGUAAACACGAAGUUAUUACAGUGAUUGUAGAAUAUUACACCGGUCGGUUGACUUCUCUGAUUCAGUAACUAUCAUAAUAUGGACUACGGCGCCCAUACCCAUCCAAACUUCGAGCUCUUCGAUGGUGGUGGUGAUGAGGAUGAUGAUGAUGUCGGUGUGGUCGUUCAAUGAUUAUG